AUGCGGUUUUUACCAUUGUGCAUUGCUACCUUGCUCAUCAUAUGCACAGUCUUCUAUUUAACUAGACGAAACUCUGGCAUUGGUAAAGCUGAAAUUAGUGAUGAUAUAGCUGGAAAUGUUCGGGGAAAGUCAUCUGGGAAGGAGGAUAAAGAACAUUGCGGGAAACCUGUGGAGACUAGAUCAAAUAUCAAGGGUCGGCAAGGUCAACCGGGACGCAAUUCUCAGGGACCAGAGACUGUACAAUCUUCACAUUUAGCUCAACAGGCUACACUUGAAGAUCCUCUGGUACUUGCCGAAGUUUCUUACUCAUCCCCUUUUGAUGAAGGAUCGAUAGGUGGCCAUGUAGAUGUCCCAUCUCAGGCAUCUCCUGAAGAACCAUCUACUAAUGAGUUUAAUAAGAACGAACCAGAGUCCAGGGAACCUAAAGAGGAAGCCUCUACAGAAGUUCCUCGAGACCUGCCAGAGCAUAUCCCAGAACAUCAAGAGUUUGAAGAUGAGGAUGAGGACCCAGAAUUUAAUGACUAUGAUGGCUGGGAUGGGCCUUCGCCUCAAGAGCAUGAAGAUGAUCUAGACCCAGAAUCAGACGGACUUGUAAUUGAAGACGAAGAAGAUCCAGAGGAAGUUUAUGAGGAUGAUAAUCAUAAAAGUGUUCCUGAGACUCCCAAAGAGCCUAAUUAUGAAGAAAGACCAGAGGAUGAAGACGAAGAAGAUGAGGAAGAACUAGGAGAAUUUGAAGAGUAUGUACCAGAGACUAAAGUAGAAGAGGCAGAGCCAGAUGAUAAAGUAGACUCUGAACCAGUACUUGAAAUCCCUUACACUGAAGUCUCAGUUUAUUACUCCAGUAAUGACCAACAUGAGAAUGGAUCAGAAAAGGAGUUUGGAGAUUUAGAAUCCUCAGAGUCUUCUCAGGAGGUAACUACUCCAUCAACUCGAGAUGCAGAAGAGCCAGAAGAACCUACUCCUGUAGCUGACUACAGGUCCAAGGUAGACUCUUCACUCUUUACUGUUUUGGACUCUUUUGAGGACAAUGUUAAGGUUCUCAAACUCCUGGCUAGGGACGGGGCUGUUGCCAAGAGGGUGAAGUAUGAUGGAGAGGAGAUAUGGUCCGGAGUGAGAAGAUUUUCAACAUUUCUCUGUUCUUCUGCUCUCUUGUAUUUUGAUGGAGACAGGCCCACUCUUGCCGUUAUAAAAACAAAUGGUUUAUGUAAUACUGAACCCACUGUCUAUAGAUACCAUGAUGGUACUAAAUGGCAGAGUCAUGAUGCGUAUUGGCAUAAAAAUGAACUUGAGGCUUUAAAGAAAAAAUGUAAACCUACUACUCCCAUUACUCUAGAUCUCUCUAAGGAUGCAGACAAGUCAAAGUUAGAGAUUAGAGAACUUUUAAGUCGUGGAGUGUCUGUCAAAGAACAUUUCCCGAAUAGGGGCCAUCACAUCUCUUCCGUUCUUGAUGCUGGAGCUACUGUUUGGAAAUCUUCUGGAGAUGAGAAGUGCCUAUUGGCUGAGUGUUAUACUAAGGGUGGUCUAAAACUUCUUUACCUGGAAAUUGAUAGUGGCUCUGGACUAAACCGAGAGUGCUUUGAGAAAGUAGGUGAAACCUGGAAGGAGAUUACGGAGGAUGAUUUUAAUGCUAGGUCUGUGACAAUGAUUGGAGAGUCUAGACACGCUACUUCUCUAAACAUUGCUCAUCCCAAUAGACUACUAUGCAAAUCAUUCGACUACACCAUUGCUGCUAACACUGUCCAACUCAUAGUUCCCAAGAAGGGUGUUUCUGUAUCCAAGCUUGUAAAUGGCACUGAAGAGAUCUACACUCUUUCCUCUGGAGAAACAUUACAAUAUGUAGAUGCAUAUCUCAACAAGGAUGGUAAAGCAGAGCUAGUGUUUAUUACCCUCAGAACUUUAUCUGGAGUCUCACGAAAAAGUUAUGUAAAGGAUGGGAACGGUUGGACUGUCUGUAAUAAUACUGAUGCCAAGAUGAAGAAUUUAAGGGAUCCUGCAGAAUGGAUCUCAAACUUUGAAGUUGACAUAUCUCUUGAUAAGGAUACUAAUGAAUGUAGCAUAUUUGAAGUAGAUCUUCUUGGUAUUACCACCAAGCAUUUCUUUCCUAAACCUGGCUAUCAUGCCAAGAAAGUAAAGGAUGGAAAUAGAGACCUUUGGACUACUAUGGAUCGUUCUAAUCGUUGUCUUUUUUGCCUUAUUUAUAAACAUGGAGCUGUAGAGUUAAUGGAGUUAACUGUAGCGGAGAAUGGUUCAAGGGGAUGUAUAUUAUUUGAAAAACUAAAUUGUGCAUGGAAGAGCAUUGCUGAGAAGGAUUUCAAUGACAAGUUUUAUAAGAUGGGACCAUAUGCUCCUCAACCUAGUUAA